GACCGUCAGUUAUAGUACAACAACCAACCAAGUUACAAACUAUCAGUUCAUUUGGAGAUUCGCCUCUAUUGAAUAUGCUCAGGAUAGUUCCCAUUUUUGCCUUUUUUGGAGCGGUGUUCCACAAAGCAAGCCAUGGUAUAUGGAUUACCAAUUCAAUAAGUGGACCAGGUUGUGGAACAAGUAUGGAAAUAGCCAUUCAUGGCAUAAACUCAGACCCAACGAGGGCCACAGCUCCCUGUUCCUUCAUGAAAUUCCACAUGAGUGGGAUUGAAGGUGAAAGACGAGCCCAUUUUGUUCAAUCGCAAAAGACUGAAACAGUUCCGAUGUCUGUAACUACCUCUACUACAAUCACCAGCACAACAGAUGCAACAACUACAACUACAGCCUCAACAACAACUAAAAUGACGACUUCAACAGCACUACCAACAACUCCGACUACCACUACAAUAAUAACAACAACGACCACCAUCACCACCACCACAACAACAACGACGACAACCACUACCACCACCACCACCACCACAACAACAACAACGACGACGACGACGACAACCACAACUACCACCACCAACACAACAACAACUACAACUACCACAACUACCACAACUACCACCACCACCACAACAACAACUUCAACAACAACGACAACAACUACCACCACCACAACAACAACAACUUCAACAACAACGACAACAACUACCACCACCACCACAACAACAACAACAACAACCGAAGAAACCCUGGAUGGUGGAUGGUCCUUAUGGUCUGAUUGGAGUGACUGCUUCACCAAUGGUACCAGAGUCAAGUAUCGGAGCUGUACCAAUCCAACUCCAAUUGGAGCGGGUCUGAAUUGUGUUGGGAAUGAAAACGAAAGUGAGGGAUGUGAAGUUCACUUCUCUGCUUAUUAUGUCCAAGAUCAGAAACACACUGGAUCACCCUUGAGCUCUCAGACCACUGCUGAUGCACGUAAAUGCCACAGAACAUGUCAAAUCAGUGAAUCCGGAUGCAUUGCUUGGACGUGGAAGCAAUCCGGGACUUGCCACCAUUUCUCAAGCCAUUUCGGAUUGGUCACUGAAGAUGGGUCAAUAAGUGCUCCCGUGAUUUUAAAUUGCCUCCAAGCAGAUACAGAAUUCAUGUCAGGCACAUUUAGCCAAUUUACCGAAGAUAUGGCUGAGGAAUGCCAAGGACGAUGCCAAUUGAAUGCCAAUUGCAAUUUUUUUUCUCAUGAUAUUCGAGGACGGCAGUGCUAUUUGAAGUCAGAGAAAAUAUUGGCAAACGAUGUAGCUUUCUUUGUAUCAGGUCCAAAACACUGUUGAAUCACUUUAAAGUAAAUUCAAGUACUAUUUUGGCCGUCAAACUAUAACAUGAUUGUGAAGGGACAAACUAAAGAUAAAAACUCGCUCUAGCUUUGUCUACACUUUUGAACGAAGCCCUUUCUUUGGUUAAUUUUUAUUCACAAAUCAUUGUUUGAAUACAUCUUGACGGCAAUUGGAUUCCAAACUUUUUGAAGUCAAACAAAACGUCACGUAUAAUCUUAUACCUCUUUAUUGUCAGCUCCUGUAUCGAUAUUACGUUGUGGUCUUUUUCUUCUGUUCCUAGAUACUUGAAAUACAAUGAGGGAAUUGACUACUG